AUGGCAACAACUAAUGGUAAGAAUAGCAGGCUAGCAAUUGAGAUGGAAUCGAUGUCGAGAGAUCCACCGCCAGGGUGCAGUGCAAGCCCAAUAAGCCCCAAUGAGCUAGACAAAUGGAUUGCAGUGAUUACUGGGCCACCUGGGUCUGUAUACGAAGAUGGAAUAUUUGAACUUUUGAUAGUCUUUCCUCCGUUCUACCCAUUCAGCCCGCCAAAGGUGACGUUCAAGACAAGGAUAUUCCAUUGUAACAUAUUUGAGAAGAACAUUUGCUUGGAUAUUCUAAAAGAUCAAUGGAGUCCGGCUCUAACAAUAGAUAAGAUCCUUUUGUCCAUAAUUUCAUUACUGCAGGAUCCAAAUUCUGAUGACCCUUUAAACAAGGAGGCUGCAGAUUUGUACCGAAAUAACAGAGCAGAGUAUAACAGGAAAGCCAAAGAAUGGGUCCGGCUUCAUGCUUCUAAGCACAAGUCUGAGGAGUAG